ACCAUUUGAGUAGACAUAUUUCCCUCUACUGUUAAGAUUGUGAAUGAGGAUGCGUAGGCUUUGCCAUUCACUUAUGUUGUGGUUGUGUAGGCUAUACCGAGAGAGAGAACUAUGAACCGCUAACGUGUUUUGGUAAAGCUACUCUCCUUGUAGAGAGCGUUGUGCAAAAUGCAACGUUUGUUAAUCCUGGAUACAUGAUAGGAUUAGGAACAUUUUUACCAAGAAAUCAUUAGAUUAAUUUGUCUCCGUUAUGCUUUUUUCGAUGUUGCAAUUGCCUAAAUUCAAAAGUAAAAUAUAUGCUUGCACUGCACUUAAACCAGAUUUAGAGAUGUUAUAUCGAUUUUAGGGGGAUGUUUACAUUUUGUAAUUGGAUACCGGUGCGACAAGGGUACCUAUUGGUCGAAAAUAAUCCACCAUGCUCGAGUAAUUAAAUGUAAUUUUGUGUGCUAUUAAUUGUCUGCGAGCUGGAAAUGGAAAAUGUUCAAAUAUCUGAUUUAGAACCCCUCUGCUUUGAUCAAGAGGACAGUCGGUCAGAUCCCACAAAAAGCCUCUCAUGGGCUUCAAACUACCAACGCAUCAAUAAAAAGUCACUUUCCAACGAGCAUCGUUGCGAGUCGGGGAAUUGGGAGACUGCCUGCGCGGAUUCAGGACAAUGGCCAACUGCCUCCGGAGACGAGCCCGGCGAAAUCAGCCAGCGGGGAGCAGAAGCUGAGAGAACCGUAUGUUGCCUAGAGGAAUUGGAGACAUCUUUCACACGCAAAUACGAGGAUUUCAAUUUACAACAGGAGAACAGUCCGCAGCAGUCCGCAAGGAUCAGCAACGGAAGCCUGAGUCACAGCUCCUUCGACGAACUCCACGACGGUGUCCAGGAACUGUCCAUGUUGUCAGACAAUGAGUUUACAUCCGAAGCCUUGGGGAAAUCAGCGGAUUACGGUUUCAUAAGUGCUGUCACUUGCCUGGUGACAGGCAUCUCGUUAGUAGCCAUCUCGUACACUGUUCCCCGGGAAGUUAAAGUGAACCCGGACAGUGUGUCGGCCCGGGAGAUGGAGAGACUGGAGAGGGAGAACGCCCUGGUAGGGGUUCACCUGGACCGGUGGGUUAUAGCAGGGCUGUGCCUGCUCACCCUCGGGGGUGUGGUCCUCUCCACCCUGCUCAUGGUGUCUUUGUGGAAAGGGGAGAUGUUGAGGAGAAGGGCCUUCGCCUACUCCAAACAGUCUGCACAAUUAUAUGGCUCUAUCAAUUUAAGAGGGGGCUCAAACCCACCUAAUGUCCCCUCCCAAUUCUCUGUGGAAGAUUUGGAAGAGGUCCUAAAUUGACAUAAUUUGUAAGUCGCUCUGGAUAAGAGCGUCUGCUAAAUGACUUAAAUGUAAUGUAAAUGUAAAUUAUGUACAAUUGUAAAGACACGGACUAAUCUCUGACAGAAAGUCCCUCUGCAACUCUUACCAAUGGUGUCUUAAGAUAAUGCUGCUUUGAUUUGUGCAUUUCAUUCACGUAGCCUACUGGGAAUACUCCAUUCCCCAUGUAGAAUGCUCCUUGCCUAAAAUGGAUGGGUAUUAUUUGAAAUAUUGGCUGAAUUUACCCUCCGACAUAGGUUUGUGUUGUGCAGACCAUAACAUCUUAUUAGCAUGACAUUUGUCAUUUUGUCAAAGCAAUGGUCUAUUCUGUGUAUAUAGUGUCUUUAAAAGUUAAAAUUGGAUAUAAUGUUGUAUCAGAUUUAAAAGACAAUUGCAUGAUCAACACUGGAAAUACAAACACACAUUGUGUCCAUAUUUGCUUUUUGCUAUGCAUACAAAAUGCAAAUACUUAGCUAAGACAAAUAAUAAUACAAGGGUUAUGUUUGUGAGUAGCUCAGUAAAUACUCAAUACACUAGGAUAUUGGACAGCAGAUAUUCAAAAACACAAGUGAUACGCGACACACACGCACGCACGCGCCUUAGGAGGGUUAGCUGGUUAAGGUGCUCUGAACAAACUGUUGUCGGUGUCUAAAAUUGCACCGUAUUCCUUAUUUAGUGCACUACUUUUGACCUACUCCUAAGGUGCCAUCUGGGAUGCAGACAUUGUGUCCCUUGCUUAUGGUGAGCAUAAUGCUGUGCAGUGCAGGUUCAGUAAUAGAAUGUUUACAGUGUGCAGGAUCAGAUUAUACUCACCAGCCUUUGUAAGCAUGUAGCACUAACCAUUGCCAAGAUGCACACUUAUUUUACCUCUUAGUGCCGUAAUUGAAUGUAUGACUUGCCUGUCUAUGUAUUACCUACAUGUUAAGUGGACUUGUAAUCCGUCCUCAUUUAGUGUUGUUCACUGAGGGUAUGAGUAGGGGUGCUCCAAAUGUGAGAGGAUAUAUAUGUAUAUUGUGUCAUUUAAGCAAAGUUGAAAAGGCUUCAAAGGUAGGCUAUUUAUUUUAAAUAAGCAGAUCUUAGGCAUAUCUGGAGUGGGGGCUGGGCACUACAGCUGACAACCACCCACUGUCUUUCACUCACUCACCCACUCACUCACUCUCUCACACACACACACACACACACACACACACACACACGCAAGCCCCCCUCCCCUGAACGGAGUCACUGAGUAAUCCGUCAGGCCAGCUGGCAGCAGGAAAUGGAAUUGGAGUGCUGCAGGGAUCAUAUGGGGUCAAGAGCUGGGUUGUGGCAGUUGUGGCCCCUGGGGAUCAGGAAGUGAAGACACAUGCGGUGGUAAUGGCUGUGGCUCAAAUGGCACCAUAUUCACUAUGGGCCCUGGUCAAAAGUAGUGCACUAUAUAGGAAGUCGUGUCAGGGUGAAAUUUUGAGACAUAGCCAAUGUAUCUUAUCCGAUGUGGCAUC